UUUAUCUCGUUUUCUUCUCUUACAUUCCUCUCUCUCUCUCACCAAAUCCCCUUCUCUCACUCACGCUCACCCCGUGUGAAAUAUUACCCUGAGAUUUAAUCGUAUCCAAAGUCUCUCUCUCUCUCUCUUAGGAAUAUAUAUCUUCACACCAAAAGCAAAAGUUUUCAUUUCUUUUGCUUCAUUUAACAACUACAAAAUCCCCAAACCUCUUAAUUCCUUCACAAUAUCUCCUUCCCCACUAGAUCCACUCCAUUUCUAAGCACCACCUUCCCCUAAAUAUUUCUAUCCACACCUCCCAACCCAAAAUAUUGCUAUCUACACCCCCUCUAAAAUCCUCACUUUUAAGCUUAAGCUUAUACCAACUUUCUUCCUCUUUCACUCCUUCAUGCACGCUCCUUCGUUCUUUCUGUUCACUCUCUCACUUCACUCAAUUUACCUUAACACUCACAAAACCCUCAAACAUAAACCUUAAAGAAAAACCUCUGUUUUCUCUUUUUCUCUCUACCAUGUCUUUUCAGAAGCUGAAAAUUGAAACUCCAAGUUCAAUUUUUGGGGAUAACCCAUCAAUCAAAACAAAGAGAAAACCCAAAAGAAAGCUUCUUCGAAUCAUAAUCACUGACCAUGAUGCCACAGAUUCUGAUUCCUCCGGCGAUGAAGGGAGAGAGAGAAACAACAGCCUAAGAACAACACAAAGAAAACCAAAAAGAGAAGUCCUUGAAAUUAACAUGCACCAUCCCGUAUUGGAUUCUUCUUUCUCAUUUUCUUCUCCUUCAUCAUCUUCUUCUCUCGCAUGCUCCGAGAAAAACCACAAAAAGUACAAUAGACCUAAGAAAACACCAACCUCCUCCGCCACGCGCCACCGCAACAAGUUCCGUGGAGUGAGACAACGGCCGUGGGGAAAGUGGGCAGCUGAGAUCCGAGACCCUGCCCAACGAAAACGUCUCUGGCUUGGAACAUUUAACUCCGCCGAAGAAGCCGCCGCCGAGUACGACAGAGUUGCUGUGAUGCUUAGAGGUCCUGACGCCGUUACCAACUUUCCUAUUUUACAGGCGAAGGCGGAACUGGAAACUGAAGUACCACCGCCGGUGAAUGGCGGAAAUGACGGCGGAGCUGGUUACUACGACGCUCUGGCUUCGCCGACGUCUGUUUUAACUUAUAACUGUGACUCGACGCCGUUCGACAGUCUCCGUUACGGAGACGUGGACGCUUUUGGGUUCCACAUUGACGCGCCGUUAAGUUUGCCGGAAGUUAACGGUACGCUGACGUGUCAUCAAAAGUUGGAAAAAGAAGAGGCGUUUGAAGAGUUUGAUCUCGACGAGUUUAUGACGUGGCCUUACUAAAAAUCUCCGGGUUUAUUUCUCAAUUGAAAAGAGAACAGGGACUGUUUGGUAAUUAUACUUUUUCCUGCUGGUUGUGUAAUCCCGAAAAUGCCCUCGUUAGAGUUUGUGGUUUUGUCCUGCUUGCUAGUGUGAAGUUAAUUUGUGAUUAGUAAAGUAAAAAGCAUGAGUGAAGUUGUGAGUAAAAAAAAUCAGAGUAAGUAUUAGUGUAAUUUCUGGUAUUAGAGUUGAUAAGUAUAUAAUUCAAUAUAUAUAUAGUAUAUAUAUUAAGAAAUUUUGGUGUUACAUGAGAAAUAUUAUUUUAUUGUAAGAAAGCUAUAUAUUAAGAAAUUUUGUCUUUAUAUUCCUA